UUUCAGAUGGCUCAAAACUUGAUCUUCAUCACAAUUGCUCUUGUUGCAAUCGUCAAUGCCGGUCCAGGGGAGGAAAGAGAAAAAGGACCAGGAGAACACAAAAGAGGUGGAAAACAUCACGGCUUCCCAUCAUUCUUUGGAAAUGUAUCUGCUGAAGGAAGGAAGGAAAUCGCAGUGGUUUUUAAGAAUGAGAAUCUGACAUUGGCUCAAGCUGACACUCAAAUUGCAUCUUUGGCUGAAAAAUAUGGAUUUGCUGCCGCAUACAAAGAGCACAAAGAGAAGGAAGCUGUAAGACAAGCCGAAACAAAAAAGAACACAACUACAGUGAUCAAUAAUCUUUCGUCAGUUGCCACGAAGCUUUCUGCAAUUCGCGAGAACAAGGAUCAAACCCGAAAGGCUCAACAUGAAGCAAUUGAGGCUCUUCGUAACGAAAAUGGAGUUGAAGUUGACACAAUUGAAUUUAUUGCUAAAAGAUCCAGAGGAUUCGGAGGACGUCAUGGUGGACGAAAGGGAGGAAAAGGAGGAAAACAUUUUGGUAAAAAGAAUGGAGAUAAGAAGAGAGGACCACAUGGAGGAGAUGAAGAAGGAAAGAAGACCAAAGAAGCUGCUCAAUAAUUUAUUAGUGGUGCUUUUGUAUUUUCUAUUUUGUCAGAUUCAAAAAGUAAUAAAUUAAUGAACAUAUUGCAUGGA